AUGAAUGACAAUAAUAUAUUUCAUGUUGCUCCAGAAACAAGAGAAUAUAAUCAAUUGGGUAACUUAAGCCAUAUUGGAAUCGGUAGCUAUAAUACGCAUAUUCUACGGUCUUCACCACAGUCAAUAAGAGGACGAUUGUCUUCUGUUGGUGAAUUUACGCUUAAUUUGGAUGAAAGUUUAGUUUCGACUAUUUUUAUGCCAUCGAACAUAAGAAACAAUCCUAUAGGACAUAUCGCUACUUCUGAAACAAACAAGGGAGUAGCCAACCAUGCAUUAUCUGCCCAGACUGCCAAACUUGAUAUCACAAAUCGGAACCCAUAUCACCAUAAUGGGCUAUCGGCCGCCCACAGUAGAGAUUCAAAAUCAGAAAUUAACCAAACUUUCUCGAAUACGUCAAUUGAUGCCGAAAUGAAAGUUCAUACAAAAGAUACAUUAUAUGGUACUAAUAGUAGUUCUCAUACACAGCCUGGACUAUUAACCGUUCCUGAAAUCAAUAAGAAUACUCUUACAAAUGAAACAUCUAAUGAAAAGGAAAGUCUUUUGAAAGAGCCAUUCAAAUUACCAACUUUAGGCUCCAAUAACACUAAAAAAAUGAAAACAGAAAGCAGCUCCCGAAAAUUGCCGGUUUUACUGCCAUCAAUGAAUCCACGGGGAAGUCCUCAAGAAAACCCAUCUAACAGAGUUAAGAAACUGGAAUUCGGUAUUUCAGAUCAUAUUCAUCACCGCAGCGCUGUACAAAGGAGUAGUAUUCAACAAGUUUGGCCACGGAAUAUGGAUCCAUCGCAGCCGCAAAUAAUGCCGAAUGUGCCCAUGCCUUUUUUGUCUCAAGAUACUCAGUUAUCUACUUUGAUACAGAGCGCUUUAAACUCAUUCCAAUAUGCUCCAUAUGGAGAAAAUCAGCAAAAUCUUGGACCAUCUCCUCUUAUUAACGAAAUGGCAUCCAUUUUCAAUUUACCUGUUAAUGAUAACCAAUUUUGGCAACGCUCAAAUUCAUUACCUCAGUUACAUGUACCUCCGACUGGUUCAUCCAACUCCAUCAUCUCUCAUCACAUGUCAGUGGAUGGUACUCAGUCAAUGGAAGAUACAACCGAGCCUUUAUCGAAUGAUGUACUUGAAACAGAAAGAUUGAAACUAAUGCUAGACUUAAGUACUAUCCGAAGGAGACAAUGUCCUAUUUGUGGUAAGAUUGUCACCAGAGUCAAUUCAUUACAGACUCAUAUGUUAAUUCAUAGUGGAUAUCGACCAUAUAAGUGUAAAUGGCCCGCUUGUGAGAAGAUGUUCAAUGUUAAAAGUAAUAUGAAUAGACAUUAUAAGAUUCAUUUGAAAAAAAAUUGGGGAAACAAAAAAACCCGGAAAGAAUUGAAAAGAAACGAUGAUGUUUAG